UGUGUGUGUGUGUGUGUUUGUGUGUGUGUGUGUGUGUGUGUGUGUGUGUGUGUGUGUGUGUGUGUGUGUGUGUGUGUGUGUGUGUGUGUGUGUGUGUCUGGGUGUCUGUGUGUGUGUGUGUGUGUGUGUGUGUGUGUGUGUGUGUGUGUGUGUGUGUGUGUGUGUGUGUGUGUGUGCGUGUGUGUGUGUGUGUGUGUGUGUGUGUGUGUGUGUGUGUGUGUGAGAAGGCAGCGGGUGGUGUAGGGAGGGGAGGGAGUAUAGAGCGCUGAUGCUGCCUCUACCGCUCUCUGUGUAUCUGCCUGCUCUCACUCCCCCCCCCGUGCUUGUGUUUAUCCUUCCUCAGUGUGGACCAAUCAAGCAGACCAUCCGUAGCAGCGGCAGAUCCUCCUCGUCGGCUCCGACAGAAAGGAGGAGAUCCCAGGCAGAGGCAGAAGCAAUCGAUCCAUCGUCCCUCCUUCCCCCCCCCCCUCUUUUUUUGAAUCGUGAAGUGUGUUUAUUUCAGUCGUUUUUGUUCAAAACAUUGUUGUUUUUUUCGGCCGCCCAAACCAUUUCUUGAGAAGAAAAUAUGUAAGAGCUCUACUGGAAGAGUCUAAGUCGGAUUGUUGGGUCUUUUUUUUACACACCCCGAGGACCUGGAGAGGGCAGGAAGAAGGGAGGAGAGGUGCACUUCUGGAGAGCAGAACAUGGACAUGGACCGCGGGUUCUACCGCAAGGUGGACGUCCCGGACCACGCCCACUACGUGAUCGCCUUCUUCGUGCUCAUCAUCGGAGUGGUCGGUGUGACCGGCAACGCCCUGGUCAUGUACGCCUUCUUGUGUAACAAGAAGCUCCGCACUCCUCCCAACUAUUUCAUCAUGAACUUGGCGGUUAGUGACUUCCUGAUGGCCAUCACGCAGUCACCCAUCUUCUUCAUCAACUCUCUCUUCAAAGAGUGGAUUUUUGGAGAGACCGGCUGUAAGAUGUAUGCCUUCUGUGGGGCGUUGUUCGGUAUCACCUCAAUGAUCAACCUGCUGGCCAUCUCCCUGGACCGCUACAUCGUCAUCACCAAGCCCCUGCAGGCCAUCCGCUGGAUCUCGGGCCGGCGCACCAUGGUGGUGAUCCUGCUGGUCUGGCUCUACUCGCUGGCCUGGAGCCUGGCGCCCCUGCUGGGUUGGAGCUCCUACAUCCCAGAGGGUCUGAUGACGUCAUGCACAUGGGAUUACGUGACGUCCACCCCGGCCAAUAAGAGCUACACGUUGAUGCUGUGCUGCUUCGUGUUCUUCAUCCCUCUGGGUAUAAUAUCCUACUGCUAUCUGUGCAUGUUCCUGGCUAUACGCAGUGCCGGCAGAGAGAUCGAGAGGCUGGGGACACAGGUGAGGAAGUCCACGCUGAUGCAGCAGCAGACCAUCAAGACCGAGUGGAAACUGACCAAAGUUGCCUUUGUUGUCAUCAUCGUUUAUGUCCUUUCAUGGUCGCCGUACGCGUGCGUCACACUCAUCGCCUGGGCGGGGUACGGGAGCCACCUCAGUCCCUACUCCAAAGCGGUGCCGGCUGUCAUCGCCAAAGCCUCCGCCAUCUACAACCCCUUCAUCUACGCCAUCAUCCACUCUAAAUACAGAGACACACUAGCCGAGCACGUGCCCUGCCUGUAUUUCCUACGACAGCCGCCCAGGAAGGUGUCCAUGUCCCGGGCCCAAAGUGAGUGCUCCUUCCGGGACUCCAUGGUGAGCAGACAGUCCUCGGCCUCCAAGACCAAGUUCCACAGGGUCUCCUCCACGUCGACCGCCGACACACAGGUAUGGAGCGAUGUGGAGCUGGACCCCAUGAAUCAUGAAGGCCAGUCCCUUAGGACGAGUCAUUCCCUGGGGGUCCUGGGCCGAAGCAAGGAGCACAGGGGACCCCCAGCCCAGCAGAACAGGCAGACAAGGAGCAUUGACACGCUGGAACAGGCAACAGUCGCGGAUUGGCGACCGCCAUUGACCGCUCUCCGAUGUGACCGCAACUUCCUCCCACAAUCUACCCAUCCACCUUACAAAAUGGCCGCUGCCACACCACUCCAAGCCACCACCGGGGACAAUGUCACCCCAGAGCACUGGAACGAACACCCUAAUAACAAUAAUAAAAAUGACAACAACCGUCAUAACGGUAAUAAUAAUAAUGAGGAGCAUGAGUAUUCGGGAAAAGGCGGCCGACAUUGUCAGAACCGUCCACACCACAUCGACGUCGAAAACAGCAUUAGCAACUGCAAAAAAACCUGUGAGAAAGACACGUUGUCGAAAGAGCCGGUGCCGUGCAACGCCUCGAGUGACGUGCGUUUCUCUCCUCGGUCGGCACACAAGAUUCAGCACGCCAUGGGGACUCCCUUCCGCUACAUGCCAGAGGAGGACAUCGCCUGCCAGGAAAGGCUAAGCACAGACCGGAGCCAGCGGGGAGACCCACUGCCGGACUCGAAGAGCUUAAACUGUACCGGCGAUGUGCUGGUGUCCGCUCAGAGGUGCUCCUUUCCCCAUGAAACGAGCAGGAACCUAGAGGAAAGCUUCAUGGCUUUAUAGUUAUGGACCUGUGUGUUUGUCGUGUGUGAUCGAGAAGUGUUUGUAGUAACAUAGUUUAUUUUUCUCCCCUCGUCGUCGAUGGCUUUACUUCUAACUUCUAACGACUGAGUUUGACAACUAAACAAACCAAAUAGUUCAAAUGAGGUAUACCUGUCUUCACUUGGCUAUGUGCAGUUGUGUAAACGACUGAUAUUAUUAUGGACACAAUUAUGAUGGUAGGCCUACUAUGGUGACAUCAUGGAAAUGUUUGGGUAAAGCAGAGGAUGUUUAUUGAUAUUUUGGGUAUUAUAUAAUGACCUCAAAAGGAAAGCCAAAUAUUUAUAUAUAUCAAAGAUAUAGAGUCCCCUUUAGCCAAACACACACACACACACACACACACACACACACACACACACACACACACACACACACACACACACACACACACACACACACACACACACACACACACACACACACACACACACACACACACACACACACACACAUAGGGUUGGUGCGCUCAGGAAAGAAUAACUCAAGUAUUUUUUGAAAAAUACCCUCAACACACUAGAUUAGAUUAAAUUUGUCGCUUCCCGCUUCCACAUCUACAGCCCUCCUGCGAAAGGAUCAUAACAUAAUCACAUGUCACGUCUGCUGAAUAUUUCAAGGGAUCUCAGGGGAGACCUUCUCGCUCACAGUGUGAAACACUCUUUCUCCUUCAUCGGAAACCCUCCAGUCCUUCUUUGAACUUACCCUUUGAGCUCUGAACUGCAUACAACAGGAUCUCCCCUCCUUGUUUAUCAAGUUAUGUAAUGGUUGCCCCCGAGAGAGGGAACUCUUUGAUUUUGUUGAAGCAGGACCUCUCCACUUCAAUGGCUCCCGUGUUCCCCUAAGGGCCCGCCUCAGAGGGGCUUUACACAGCAGGACUGCUCAUUGGCCCUCCUAGUCACCUAUUAACCCGACAGCGAUCUGUGAUAUUUACGGCUCUCCCGUGGAUCCACAGAGAGCACUCGGUCGACACGCACAAUGCUACGUUGUGGAUAUCCCAUUGGUUUGCCGUUUGCCAUUGACUUUUCCACUGACAAUCGACGUGCUAUUGACUGGAAUGAUGGAUGCGGUUCAUUAUGAUGCAGUUGGGUCGGGAAUGUCAACGUAUACUGUGCAAACAACCAAACAUUACCAUACCAUCUUCAUCCCUAAUUGUCCCCAUUAAGGGCCAAGCCCCUCCCCCUCCAAUUGCAAAGGUGUUGUAAGGAAUUUGACCACAUAAGAAAGCAGUUAGGUGACACAAACUAGAAAGUUUCCAUUCUCAGUCUACUACCACUUGCCCUAACUCUUAGAGACUGACUUAAGAAUUUGUUACAAUUUUUACAGUAUCAUAACCACUGCUAGAUAAUAAAAGACAAUUUCAACCCAAACAAAAUAAGAAGCAUGCAGCAACAAAAGUUAUUUUCAUUACUGUGCACAUGCACAUCAAUAGCGAUCUUUAUCGCGUCAUUUGAAUUACACAAACUAUAUAUCACGUAAAAGCUGACACUCAACUGAUUCCAACAGGUUUACCAUAUCAUUAUGUGAUUAAAACUUGCCAAACUAGGCAAAAUAAAAUCAAGAACAAACUUUAUCUGCUUACAACCAAAGAUUAUCUUUUACCUGGGUUGUUUUUGUCAUCAAGUUGGGUUUGAUCAUAUAAAACCACCAUAAACGAGUAAUCUAGGAUCUGGGCACCAUUUUGUGAACUAAAGACGUUGUUUCCAAAUGUUAAGGAGCUAAAACAGGGUUUCAGAGGGAAUAGGUAAAUUGCCUUCGUUCAUAACACAUGUUUUUCAUCGUCAUCUGGUGGCAAUAUGGUACAAUUGUGAUUGUUUGGCUUUUAUUCUAUUCACCCAGACCUUUCAAUCGAGUGUUCAAACGUCAAAAUCUUACAAUGGGUUCCCAAACUAUCCACCUCUUUGGUUUCAACAAAUUUUUAUUUUUGGCAUCGGAUUGAUUGCUUUUAUUUUGAGAUUUCACCUUAACCUACCUCUACUAAAACCUCUAUCUUUGCUCUACUUCACUUUAUUAACAGCAAAUAUUGACCCAGGUACUCGUGAGAUGUUUUUCUAUGGCUCUAUAGGGCCACCAACUGAUAAUGCACUAGGGGAAAAAUAAAAAGGUUAAAAAGAUAAUGCACUAGGUGGUAUUCACUCUAAAACAUGCCAUUUAUUUCAGGCGGAAAUAAAAU